GUCGUCAUUGACAGGCAGCCGCAGAAGUAGAGUAGUAGCAGGGAAGGGCAAGUGAAAUCUGUGGAAGGAAUCAGAAAAAAGAAGGAAUUUUUCUUUGUGCUUUGUCCAAUUGGAUUGGGGGGACGAAGAGGGCAGAAUCGCGUUUGAUAGAUCGUGCGUCUGCUUCGCCGAAUCUUUGUUGAUUCAUCAGCAUUUUGCGAGCUUUGUACGGUCUAUCCCUCGCUAAUCUGCAAACUCCAUCCCCCUCUUCUUUUUCAUCCUUACCGCGGCUUGUAAUCUUCCUUUUUUUAGUUUAUAUUCCUCCUUUACCUGUUCUUCGUUCCCACCUGUCUUUUGACCUCAACUACAGCCGCUGUCUUUUCGCUUCAGUUCAUCUGCUCUGUUGUAUUUCACUCUCAGCCCUGCUGCUUUUAUUUUUAUUGAUUAUAUUGAAUAAGAGCUUAUCUUGACGUCUCUACUUCAUCCGCGUUUUCCAUCUUAACUCUUGUGUACUCAUUUUUGUUCUCGAUUACAGUCAAGCAAUGGGUGAUGAUGAUGAUGAUGUAACUAGGGUUUCAGGAGGAAUUGUUAAUCCCCUUCCGGUGGAGGAAGUAGCUGGUGAUACAUCCUACUGGCUUGAUGCCUGCGAGGAUAUUUCAUGUAAUUUUAUGGAUGAUUUCGUCACUUUUGAUGCAACUGUAGUUCCAGAUCCAAACGAGCUCGGUCUUGGUGCUCCUGAUCCUUGUUUCUUCAAAGGGAUUGAUCGGUUCCUGGACAGUUUGAAAGGUGGCGGUGUUUUGCCUCUAGCCUCCCAUGAUAGUUUGCCACAGAACGAGGACAUGGAGAUUGUGGGAGAGGAUAUGCUAUUGCUUCAGUGCCCAGUUCCUGCCUUUCAACAUGCCGAGGGGUUGAAUGAUUGCCUAUCAGUGAGAAUGGACACUAAGAAUGGUAAAGAUAAUAAUCUGAACAAUGGUGUAGAUGGAAUUGAGAGGCAUAUUGGGAAAGAUAAUACAACUGGAAAUGGAAACAAAUUGUUGGAGCACACUCCUGAACGAAUCAUCAAGGAAGAGACACACGACAAAAGACACCGGUCUAAUGAUCACAAGAAUGGUAGGCAUGCCAUGAACAGAGGAGGUGAUUACAGUGCCAGAGAUAGGGAUUCUGCAAGUCAGAAGAGGUAUCGUGAUUGGGAAGAUAAUGAUGGGUGUAGGAAUCAAGUUAGGAGAAGGGAACGUUUCAACAGAGGCAGACGAGAUUCUCGGGAUAGGGGAUGGAGGGAUGCUAGAGGUUAUUGGGAGAGAGAACGGCCUGGAGUUGAUGAGAUGGUCUAUCGAGAGGGUAAUUGGGUAGCUGACCGGAAUAGAGAGGGUAAGGCAUUAUUUGAAAAGAACCAGGAUUGCAAUGUGAAGGAGGAGAAAAAGCCACAGGAACAUAAGGAAAAGGUUCCCAAGGAAGAAGCUCGCCAGUAUCAAUUGGAUGUUCUCGAACAGGCUAAGAAUCAAAAUACAAUAGCUUUUCUUGAAACGGGUGCUGGGAAGACGCUGAUAGCUGUGCUUCUCAUUAAAAGUAUUAAUACUGAGUUGCAAAGGAAAAACAAGAAAAUGCUUGCUGUAUUUUUGGUUCCCAAAGUUCCCUUAGUCUAUCAGCAAGCAGAAGUUAUACGUGAACAAACUGGCUACCUAGUCGGUCAUUACUGUGGAGAAAUGGGUCAAGACUUCUGGGAUUCACGAAAAUGGCUCCGUGAGUUUGAGACAAAACAGGUUUUGGUGAUGACUGCUCAAAUUCUUUUAAACAUCCUAAGACACAGCAUUAUAAAGAUGGAAUCUAUAAAUUUACUCAUUUUGGACGAAUGUCAUCAUGCUGUGAAGAAACAUCCUUAUUCUCUUGUUAUGUCUGAGUUCUAUCACACCACCCCAAGAGAGAAGAGACCAUCUGUCUUUGGAAUGACUGCUUCCCCAGUUAAUUUAAAGGGUGUUUCAAGUCAGGUUGACUGUGCAAUAAAGAUUCGUAAUCUUGAGAGUAAACUGGACUCUGUUGUCUGUACAAUAAAAGACCGUAAAGAGCUGGAGAAACAUGUCCCAAUGCCUGCAGAGGUGGUUGUAGAGUAUGAUAAAGCUGCUAGUUUAUGGUCUCUCCACGAACAAAUAAAACAAAUGGAACUGGCUGUUGAGGAAGCUGCUCAGUCGAGUUCCAGAAAAAGUAAGUGGCAAUUCAUGGGAGCAAGAGAUGCGGGGGCAAAAGAAGAAUUGCGUCAAGUAUAUGGUGUUUCAGAAAGAACUGAAAGUGAUGGUGCUGCAAACCUUAUUCAGAAGUUGAGAGCUGUAAACUAUGCCCUUGGUGAACUAGGCCAAUGGUGUGCAUAUAAGGUUGCUCUAUCCUUUUUAACAGCUUUGCAAAAUGAUGAGAGAGCAAGUUACCAAGUUGAUGUCAAAUUCCAAGAAUCUUACUUGGAAAAGGUUGUCAAUCUUUUACAAUGUCAGUUAACAGAGGGAGCUGUUUCCAAGAGCAAUUCUGCUGCUGAGGACACUGUUUCCCAAGACUUGAGCACUAUUGAUGAAAUGGAGGAAGGCGAGCUUCCCGACAGUCAUGUUGUCUCUGGUGGAGAGCAUGUGGAUGAAAUUAUAGGAGCCGCUGUAGCUGAUGGAAAAGUAACUCCAAGGGUCCAGUCCUUGAUUAAGAUACUACUCAAGUACCAGUAUACAGAUGAUUUUCGUGCAAUCAUCUUCGUUGAGAGAGUUGUAUCUGCUUUAGUUCUCCCAAAGGUGUUUGCAGAGCUUCCAUCUUUAAGCUUUGUCAGGUCGGCAAGUUUGAUUGGUCACAACAAUAGUCAAGAAAUGAGAGCUUGCCAAAUGCAGGACACAAUUUCCAAGUUCCGAGACGGCCGUGUAACACUGUUAGUUGCAACAAGUGUGGCCGAGGAAGGUCUUGAUAUACGUCAGUGCAAUGUUGUCAUUCGUUUUGAUCUUGCAAAAACAGUUCUGGCAUACAUUCAAUCUAGGGGCCGUGCUAGAAAACCUGGAUCUGAUUACAUCUUGAUGGUUGAAAGAGGAAAUUUAUCCCAUGAAGCGUUCUUAAGGAAUGCAAGGAAUAGUGAAGAGACUCUGAGGAAGGAGGCAAUAGAGAGAACUGACAUUAGUCACCUUAAAGGCUCUUCUAGAUUGAUGUCAGUGGACACAACACCUGGUACAAUCUAUCAGGUGGAGUCAACUGGUGCUGUUGUGAGCUUAAAUUCUGCAGUCGGGCUCGUCCAUUUCUACUGCUCUCAGUUACCAAGUGACAAGUAUUCUAUACUUCGUCCCGAGUUUAUUAUGCAACGUCAUGAGAAAUCAGGAGGACCCACUGAAUACUCAUGCAGGCUUCAACUUCCUUGUAAUGCACCAUUCGAAAUAAUUGAGGGUCCUGUUUGCAGUUCAAUGCGUCUUGCACAGCAGGCUGUUUGUUUGGCGGCCUGUAAGAAACUCCAUGAGAUGGGGGCAUUCACUGACAUGCUUUUGCCAGACAAGGGAAGUGGGGAAGGGGAGAAAGUUGACCAAAAUGAGGAAGGAGACCCACUUCCUGGAACUUCCAGGCACCGAGAAUUCUAUCCAGAAGGUGUAGCCAAUGUUCUUCAGGGAGAGUGGAUUUUGAAUGGGAGGGAAGGCUGCGACAAUUCCAAAUUAUUUAAUUUAUUCAUUUAUGACCUUGCAUAUGUAAAUGUUGGCUUCUCAAAAGAUCCGUUUUUAGAUAAAGUUUCAGAAUUUGCGGUUGUCUUUGGCAGUGAACUGGAUGCAGAGGUGUUAUCGAUGACGAUGGAUCUCUUUCUCUCGCGAUCCAUGAUAGCUAAGGCAUCUCUUGCCUUCAAAGGGUCGAUCAAAAUAACAGAAGCUCAGUUGGAAUCCAUAAAGAGCUUCCACGUUAGACUCAUGAGUAUUGUGUUAGAUGUGGAUGUUGAACCUUCCACAACUCCUUGGGAUUCUUUGAAGGCAUAUUUAUUUGUACCCGUGGUUGGCGAUAAGAAUUUAGUAGAUCCUGUACAAGAAAUUGACUGGGAUUUGAUUGAAAAGGUAACCAAGACAGAUGCAUGGAACAAUCCCCUUCAGAGAGCACGACCGGAUGUUUAUCUCGGCACCAAUGAGCGAACUCUUGGCGGAGACCGAAGAGAAUACGGUUUCGGUAGAUUGCGUCAUUGCAUGUCUUUUCAGCAGAAAUCCCAUCCAACUUAUGGAAUUAGAGGUGCUGUUGCACAGUUUGAUGUUGUGAAAGCAUCAGGAUUGGUUUCUAACUGGAAUGCUGCUCCUACACAUGAUCUGGAUUCGUCUAAAGGAAAGCUUGUUGUGGCGGAUUCUUACAUUAGUGCAGAAGACUUAGUUGGGAAGAUCGUAACAGCUGCUCAUUCUGGAAAGAGAUUUUAUGUGGAUUCUGUACGUUUUGAUAUGACUGCUGAAAACUCGUUUCCUAGGAAAGAAGGCUAUCUUGGUCCUUUGGAGUAUAGCUCCUAUGCUCAUUACUAUAAGCAAAAGUAUGGAGUGGAAUUAAUUUAUAAACAGCAACCACUUAUCAGAGGACGAGGUGUCUCCUAUUGCAAGAAUCUUCUCUCCCCCCGUUUUGAGCAUUCAGAGGGUCAUGAGGGAGAUCCAGAAGAGUCACUUGAUAAAACAUAUUAUGUUUUCCUUCCACCCGAGCUAUGUUUGAUGCAUCCACUACCCGGACCACUUGUUCGAGGUGCCCAGAGAUUGCCAUCAAUAAUGAGACGAGUGGAAAGCAUGCUGCUUGCAAUCCAGUUGAAGGAAAUAAUUGGCUACCCUGUGCCUGCUUCAAUGAUUCUGGAAGCCUUGACUGCAGCUUCGUGCCAAGAAACAUUUUGUUAUGAAAGAGCAGAGCUGCUUGGGGAUGCUUACUUGAAAUGGGUUGUAAGUCGAUUUCUUUUCCUUAAAUAUCCCCAGAAACACGAAGGUCAGCUCACUCGCCUUAGACAACAAAUGGUUAGCAACAUGGUCUUGUAUCAAUUUGCUCUAGAAAAGGGACUUCAAUCAUAUAUCCAAGCAGAUCGAUUUGCACCAUCUAGGUGGGCUGCCCCGGGAGUGCUGCCAGUUUUUGACGAGGACACGAAGGACUCAGAAAUGCCAUUUUUCGAUAAUAUUGAACUGUUGGCGAGUUCAUGCAAGGAAAAUGACAAACAUUAUGAGAAUGAAGAACAUGAAGAGGGUGAGCUUGAGAGUGAUUCAAGUUCUUAUAGAGUUCUUUCUAGCAAGACAUUAGCAGAUGUAGUAGAAGCUUUGAUUGGUGUGUAUUAUGUUCAUGGUGGGAGGAACGCUUCCAACCAUCUAAUGAAAUGGAUUGGAAUUGAGGUAGAUUUUGAUCUUAAAGAGAUGGAUUCCACAACUAGACCUAUAAAAAUCCCUGAAAAUAUCCUUAAGAGCAUCAAUUUUACUUCUUUAGAGGGUACUUUGAACGUAGUGUUUAAAGACAAAAGCUUGUUGAUAGAAGCUAUUACCCAUGCCUCUCGGCCGACUCCUGGAGUAUCUUGUUAUCAGCGUUUGGAAUUUGUGGGAGAUGCUGUUUUGGAUCAUCUAAUCACGAGGCAUUUGUUCUUCACAUACACCGACUUACCCCCGGGUCGCUUGACUGACUUGCGAGCAGCUGCGGUUAAUAAUGAGAACUUUGCUCGCGUGGCUGUGAAACAUAAGCUCCACUUGCACCUUCGACAUGGAUCAAGUGCCCUUGAAAAACAGAUUCGGGAUUUCGUUAGAGAAGCCCAGGAUGAAUUAUCGAAACCAGGCUUCAACUCCUUCGGCUUGGGGGAUUGCAAAGCUCCAAAAGUUCUUGGCGACAUCUUCGAAUCCAUUGCCGGUGCUAUUUUCCUUGAUGGUGGAUGCGAUACCUCUCGUGUUUGGAAGGCUUUCCAACCGUUACUAGAUCCAAUGGUCACUCCCGAAACCCUUCCCAUGCAUCCAGUACGAGAGCUACAAGAACGUUGCCAAAGACAGGCUGAAGGCCUCGAGUAUAAAGCCAAUCGUAAUGGAAGCAUCGCAACAGUUGAAGUUUUUAUCGACGGUGUCCAAGUUGGGAUCGCUCAGAAUCCUCAAAAGAAAAUGGCGCAAAAAUUAGCUGCCAGAAAUGCCCUCGUCGCUUUAAGAGAGAAGGAAGCUGCCAUAGAAGAGGAGAAAAACAAGAAAAACGAGGACGAAAAUUCGAACAGAAAUGGGGUUUGCCAAACGUUUACGAGACAGACUUUGAACGAUAUCUGUUUGCGUAGAAAUUGGCCAAUGCCUCUGUAUAGAUGUGUAAACGAAGGUGGUCCGGCUCAUGCUAAAAGGUUCACUUUUGCAGUUAGGGUCAAUACAACUGAUAAAGGAUGGACUGAUGAAUGUAUUGGCGAGGCUAUGCCAAGUGUAAAGAAAGCAAAGGAUUCUUCGGCGGUUCUUCUUUUGGAACUUCUAAAUAAAUGGUAUGCUUGAAUUGAGUCAAAUUUAAUCGAAAUAUUUAUAUUGUUUUUGUGUCUUUAAUAUGUAUGUUAAUCUAAACCUGGAAACUCUUAGAAUGGUUGCUUUGAAACUCGGUUGUGAUUAAUAUUUACUCAUUUCGAGAAACUAUUUUCAUUUGAAACCA